GCGGAGGCUCGCAGCUGGGGAAGGGCGGGUGCGCGCCGCGGGCAUGCGCCAUGCGGAGCGAGACGGCGGCUCGGCGGGGUCAUCUAGACGCAGGCGCAGUGCGGUGUUUGUCUGCCGGACUGACGGGCGACCGGGCGGUGAGCGGCGGCGGUGGCGGCGGGGAAGAUGGCGGCGUCCUCCCUGGAGCAGAAGCUGUCCCGCCUGGAAGCAAAGCUGAAGCAGGAGAACCGGGAGGCCCGGCGGAGGAUCGACCUCAACCUGGAUAUCAGCCCACAGCGGCCCAGGCCCAUUAUUGUGAUCACUCUAAGCCCUGCUCCUGCCCCGUCCCAACGAGCAGCCCUGCAGCUCCCGCUGGCCAACGAUGGGGGCAGCCGCUCGCCAUCCUCCGAGAGCUCCCCGCAGCACCCCAUGCCCCCCGCCCGGCCCCGUCACAUGUUGGGGCUCCCGUCAACCCUGUUCACGCCCCGCAGCAUGGAGAGCAUUGAGAUUGACCAGAAGCUGCAGGAGAUCAUGAAGCAGACGGGCUACCUGACCAUCGGAGGCCAGCGCUACCAGGCAGAAAUCAAUGACCUGGAGAACUUGGGCGAGAUGGGCAGCGGCACCUGUGGCCAGGUGUGGAAGAUGCGCUUCCGGAAGACGGGCCAUGUCAUUGCCGUCAAGCAAAUGCGGCGCUCGGGGAACAAGGAGGAGAACAAGCGCAUCCUCAUGGACCUGGACGUGGUGCUCAAGAGCCAUGACUGCCCCUACAUCGUGCAGUGCUUCGGAACCUUCAUCACCAACACAGACGUCUUCAUUGCCAUGGAGCUCAUGGGCACCUGUGCUGAGAAGCUCAAGAAGCGGAUGCAGGGCCCCAUCCCCGAGCGCAUCCUGGGCAAGAUGACAGUGGCGAUCGUGAAGGCGCUGUUCUACCUGAAGGAGAAGCAUGGCGUCAUCCACCGAGAUGUCAAGCCCUCCAACAUCCUGCUGGAUGAGCGGGGUCAGAUCAAGCUCUGCGACUUUGGCAUCAGCGGCCGCCUGGUGGACUCCAAAGCCAAGACUCGGAGCGCGGGCUGUGCCGCCUACAUGGCCCCUGAGCGCAUCGACCCCCCAGACCCCACCAAGCCGGACUAUGACAUCCGGGCGGAUGUGUGGAGCCUGGGCAUCUCAUUGGUGGAGCUGGCAACGGGACAGUUUCCCUACAAGAACUGCAAGACAGACUUUGAGGUCCUCACCAAAGUCCUGCAGGAGGAGCCCCCGCUUCUGCCUGGACACAUGGGCUUCUCAGGGGACUUUCAAUCCUUCGUCAAAGACUGCCUUACUAAAGAUCACAGGAAGAGACCAAAGUAUAAUAAGCUACUUGAACACAGCUUCAUCAAACGCUAUGAGACGCUGGAGGUGGACGUGGCGUCCUGGUUCAAGGAUGUCAUGGCGAAGACUGAGUCACCGCGGACUAGCAGCGUCCUGAGCCAGCCGCACCUGCCCUUCUUCAGACACUGUGAACGGAAGACAGCAGGCCGCGAGCAGAGUCGCUGUACAUUCAGCUGCAGCCUCUGGGCCAGGGCGGCCCCCAGGGGCCAGGAGAGAGCCCCCAAGUCCUGCAGCCACCAAGCUCCCAGCGUGCCAUGCCCUCCACCACCCUCACAUGCCCGUUCCCCCCCGUUGCCCUCUGUCCCCUGCUCUACCUCUCUGUCCCUGUCUGGCUCUCCCGUCACCCUUCCUGCCUCUGUCUCUCUUCUGUCCUGAGCUUGGGCCCAGCCCCCUCCCGACGGGACCCCUGGGUCUGCCUAGGUUUCCCAUGGAGCAAUGAGUCAGUGGCCCCCAGAAAGGCGGUGUGGGCAUUUGGACUGCGGCUAGACAGGGCUGCACUCUCUCUCUUUCUCUUUGAUCUCAGGGGGUCCUUUUUGGAGUUUAUUGUAUUUUAUUGUACUUGGUGGGGUGUUGGGGUGGGGGGUGGAGGAGAGCUUGUUCUCAAGGGGUUUGUCGGUACCUUCAGAAACUUUUACCAAAGUCACGUUUAGCUGCUUGUGGUGGGGCCCCCAACCUCCGUCGGGCACUGGGGGGCUGGGGCUGCUGCUCUGGGGCCACAGCUUGUGGGUGAAGACCUCGGGGUGCAGUGGGGUCUGCAGGGCCCUGGCCACACAAGAUGGCCUUCAGGGAAGGUGGGCUUGGGGCAUGGCGCAGAACAGGUGACCAGAGGGACUUGGUGACAGAGUAGGGCCAUGGGGCCAAGGGAGGGGUCUGGAAGGAGUCAGUGAUCGAGGGCAGAGAGAGUGGAUGUGGGGGUUCGAGGACGUGUGACAAGCUCCGGCAGGGGCAGGGGCAGGGGCCGGGCUGAGGGUGGGGGUGUGAGGCCAUCACCCUCCAUUGUGCCCCUGGCCAUCCCUCUACUCAUGCACACCUGGCCCAGCCCCCGAUGAGACCUGGGACUAGGAAAGAUCAGGUGUGCACUGGGGGCCCAGGCCAGGGUGUCCCCCGGAGCCCGCUGGGGUGGCCAGAGCAGGAGGGGGUGUGUUUCAUUUUUGUGGGUGUUGCAUGCAAAUCAAGUGGACAAGAAAAAAAAGAAAACCCUGUAAAACCACAAAGAAAAACCAACACAAAAGGCGUGGAAGCUGGCUGGCCCUGGCAGAGGCCACGCAGGUGUAGCACCGCUCUCCUCUCACCUAGCCUGUUGACUCCUGUUGCGAUAUUCACAAAACGCCGCAUGUUUAAAAAGUCAUAGACGUCAUGGUUUCUCUGCCUCCAGGGGCAAAGCCACCUUCUCUUGCCCAUCGGCCUCUGUGUCAGGGGCGGGGGGGUCUGCUGGUCGGGGGCAGGGGCGGGGGGGUGGAAGCGGUGCCAAUAGGCCUGGCCCUUUCCUCCUCCCCUAGGUCCAGCUGUGGGGGCCUCUGGGGAUUGCUGGAAGGUCGCAUGGCUGGUCCCAGGGCCCAGACAGGCCCAAGACCAGGCUGCCUGGUUUUAUUUAACUUUAUUUUCUGUUUCCCGAGUGUGUGUCUGCCCGCCCUCACCCUCUUCAGUGUUAAUUGGGGAGCCCUGGGGGAGUCUCUUGCUUCCCUGCCUCUCUCCCAAGACCUCCCCCUUUGUCACCAGCCAUCCCUCUGGAUCAGGCAGAGGGCGGACCGGGUGGGCAGAGGCCUGGGGGCGGCUCAGGUCAGCCCACCAGCCAGCGGACCCCUCCUCAGGCUGCCAGUGUUGCCCUGCCCCUUUUUAAAACAAAAUGCCCUCCUUUGUAAACCCUUAGGCGCUUGAGAAUAAACCCCUCCCUUUUCUUCCA